GAACCAAGAUGGCGGACGAGUUCCACCAAAGACACGGCAGACUAAUUUAUUUAUCAAACAACAACAGAACCGCUAGAAGACGAAACCCAGGAGUAGAAUUCAACAAUGGACUCAUAUUUAGCCAGCACAGAUUAAAAGACAACGAAAUAUUUGAAAUUCGUGUCGAUAGAAGGAUAAGUAGUUGGUCUGGUUCUCUUGCUAUUGGUGUGACUACAGCUAAUCCUUGUAAUAUCGAGAUUCCUGCUUGCGCAUCUGGUUUAAAAAAUGGUUACUGGAUAAUGUCAGGUGUUACUGUGAUAAAAGAUGGCAUAACAAUACUGGAGAAUUACGGCAGAGAUCUAGAUGAGUUGACUGAAGGGGAUCGAGUUGGUGUGAGUCGUUUGGCUGAUGGAUGUUUACAUUUUUUUGUGAAUGGUAAUGAUUUUGGAGUGGCUUGUAGAGAUGUGCCCCCAAGUCUUCAUGCUGUUGUCGAUUUGUAUGGAAAAUGUGUGGAAGUAUCAACUUACAAGGCGUUUAAUGCACAAGCUGCUCAAGUAACCCAGAUACCAUCCACGGCGUCAGUAGUGUUCCAUCCUCAUUGUGGCUCGUUAGUAAAGCUUUGUAACAAUAACAGGACAGCAGAAAGACAACUCCCUAAUGAGGAAUUCAAAAAUUCAGUUGUGUUAACGAAUAAGCCAUUACAAAAUGAUAAGCUAUUUGAAGUUAGAGUAGAGAAGUUAACAGAAAUUUGGGCGGGGUCCCUUGAGGUGGGUGUGACGACACAUGAUCCUGUAGAUAUCAUACUGCCAGCAACCAUGACGAUGAUGCCGACUGGUACCUGGAUAUGGAGUGCAGCGUCAAUUAUAGUCAAUGGAAAGGAGAUCAAGAGUGAUUAUAGUGAUAUCAGUCUAGAGGCUAUCAAGAUAGGAGACAAGGUUGGUAUCAUGAGAAAAUCAGACAGCACUCUGCACUUUUUUCUCAAUGGAGCAGAUCUUGGUGUAGCUGCCUCAGACAUCCCUGAGGUUGUUUAUGGGGUUGUAGACCUUUAUGGUGCUGCGAUCAAGGCAACAGUAUGUGGUGACGAUCUGCCAAUCAAUACUGAAGAUGAUGCCAAUGAAGCAUCAAAUGUUAAUGCUGUAAACACUAGUGAAAAUGACUCUGUACCUUUACGCUAUCAUCCUCGUUGCGGCAUGGCUGUUUCAUUUACAAACAAUUAUUGCACGGCCCUAAGGCCAAGGGCAUUGGAAGAAUUCAACUAUGCCGUAACUCUCACUAACCGACCAAUAAAACCAGGAGAGCUCUUUGAAGUUUAUGUGGAUCGGCAGGUGGACAAGUGGGCGGGGUCACUUGAAAUAGGUCUCACCAAUCAUAACCCAGAAACACUAGAAUUCCCCUCGACAAUGACUAACCUUUCCAGCGGGACAUGGAUCAUGUCAGGGGGAGGACUGGUAGUUAAUGGUUCUACCACGAUGGAAGAUUAUGGGAACAGCCUUGAUGAUCUGAAGGUUGGUGACAGAGUAGGGGUCAAGUACAGUGAGAGCGGAUCGCUACAUUUCUUUGUUAAUGGUGAAGAUAUGGGUGAGGCAGCAACGAAUGUGCCUCAAGGUGUUUACGGUAUGGUAGACCUCUAUGGACGAUCGGCACAGGCUACGAUUACCAAUGGACGACCAAGGGAAGCAAUACCAGAGUGUGCCGAUGUUGUUGAAUCCACAGCGAGACCUGCCAAUCAAGAGGCUGAAUCUGAGCAAGCCGAGAACUCUGCCCCACCCACAGCAGUGACAAAUGAAAACUGGUUCACCUUAAGCGCAAGACAUGGAGAUCAAGUGGCUGUCAGUCAAGAUUGUCGUGUCGCAUUGAGAAUCAACCCCUUGGUAGAGUUUAAUAAUGCUGUUGUGAUGAGUAAUAGACCGUUACGAGAUGACGAGAUGUUUGAGGUGAUUGUUCUGACGCUGGUGGAUAGGUGGUCUGGGUCCUUAGAAGCAGGAGUUACAACAACAUCUCCAACCAACCUUAGCUUUCCAAACACCAUGACAGAUCUAGACCACGACACUUGGAUGCUAUCUGGGUCUUCUGUCCUCCAAGAUGGUGUCACUAUACAGAAUGGAUAUGCUUGUGAUCUGGAUAAACUGAAGGAAGGUGACAGGCUAGGGAUCAUGAGGAAAUCUGACAGCACUUUGCAUUUCUUUAUCAAUGAAGAAGAUURUGGUGUUGCUGCUACUUCUGUUCCUCCUGACAUCUAUGCUAUUAUCGACCUUUAUGGAAGAUGUGUGCAGCUGGCUAUUUAUGACGAGGACUACAUCAGCAGAACAAGCACCACAGAAGUUACAACUGCCGAGACGCAGACAGUCACAGCAGAUGAUGACAAAGAUCAAGCUUGUGCUCCCAGUAGUUUUCAUCCUUGUUGUGGUAGGAAUGUAACGCUGUCUAACAAAGGAUGGGUGGCUAAGAGAACAAAAGGUUUUAGCGAUGGUCUCUUAUUCAGUGCCAAACCUUUACAAGAUGACGAAAUAUUUGAGAUCAAAAUCGAUAAAGUAGGAGCUCAAUGGUCAGGGUCUCUUAGUGUCGGCGUGACAUCAUGUCUUCUUCCAAUGUCUAAUGUUCCCAGCUCAGCUGACCAGUUGCGUGAUGGGACAUGGCUAAUGGUAGAGUCACGCAUUCUUAAAGAUGGUAUGACUGUGAAGGAAAAUUAUGGUCCCAGUCUGGAUCGACUACAGGUCGGCACUCGUAUUGGUCUUCAGAGGAAACGUGAUGGCACGUUACACAUUUAUUUUAAUGGUGAAGAUCAAGGUGUGGCAGCUCCUGAUGUCCCUAGGAUGGUUUUUGGUUUAGUAGAUUUAUAUGGAGUGGUGGAAAGUGUGUCAAUUGUCCAUCAAACAGAUCAAAGAGGGCCAUCGCCCAGAAACAACAUUGAAAGUGAUAGAGCAUUGGAAAGUAAAACGUCACAGACGUCUGAAGGGAACGAAACUGCACCAAAAACAAGGCAUAGGUUCACUAGUAACUGUGGUCAACAUGUUCGUCUUGAUAAUAAACAAAUGCUUGCCCGUCGUGUGGCCAGCUAUAACCAUGGUGUCGUACUCAGUGAUGCACCCCUUGCUGACAAUGAAUUAUUCCAGAUUCGUAUAACAAAGCUGGAUAUCCGCUGGUCAGGUUCUCUGAUGAUCGGCAUCACAGACCAAGAUCCAGAGUCUAUCAGCUUGCCAUCCAUAUCUAACUGUAUGAAGAUCUGUCCCUGGAUAGUAGUCAAUAAUGCUGUGUAUAUCAAUGGUAACAAGGUAUUCGAAGGGCUUCAACCGGGGCUGGAUCGUCUACAUGUCGGAGACUCUGUAGGAUUGAUGAUAGAUAAGGAUUCCAGGCUCCACAUAGUCAUCAACGGUCAGGACCAAGGCGCGGUCGCUGAGGCCUUACCAGCCAAGCGUCACGUAGUUGUAGACCUCUAUGGUUGUUGCCAAGAGGUAUCCAUAGUAACUCCCGCUGACCAGGAGCAUUCAAGUUGUGAAGAAAAGGAUGAGAAUAAGACUCCAAAAGGAUUAGAAGAUCAAAAGAAAGGUCCUUGUGAUUACAGGCAGAUGUGCGAUCGUUUUCGAGCAAGUCUAGCCAUACCUGAUGGUUAUUUUAAUCAAGACUCCAAGCUCAAUAUAUGUUACUGUCAAGCAUGUCAUGAGGCGCGUGGAGAAAAACAAUAUGAGAUCAGCGGUGAUCCCGCAAGGAGGUAUGCGCAACCUCUUGGAUGGUGUCAGUUUGGACUCGGUCUUCCACCAAGAAUAAAAGCGUUACAAGUGCUCGAAAAAUGGCAUGUAGCUUUCUACGGGACUCAAAUUGGUAAAAUUCGAAGAAUUCUCGAUGUAGGCGAUCUUCCAAUGCCAGAUGCAGGAAGUGGACGCCGAAGGACCAAAUCUAACUCCAACAAAGAAAACGAGGUGCCUCGGCUAAUGAUAUCACCUACAGUCAUGUGUGUCACGUGUUCGAAACAGGCUCCCGCGCAUCAAUAUCGUGAUGUAACAACAGGCAAAUCGUACUCGGCUCAGGUUGCGUUUCGCGUCUGUGUGAAGCCGGGGUCGUAUAGUACUGGGCAAGCUUCUUCGUGCUGUGCAGAUACAAAUGAGACAUUGUCUGAUCAUAAUCUUGGUACACAAGACUUGGAGUGGUAUUUGAAUGAAAAGGAACUGGUGGUGCUUACAUCGCUGCUUAUCAAGAUAGAACCCACUUAAUAUUAUUUUGCUUAAUUAUAUGUUUAGAAUUUAUGUGCGCGGCAGUCGGAGGUGAUAAAGCGUAUGUAGGUCUCUCUCGCAAUCUCUCUCUUUUCUCGAAUUUCUAUUGAAUAUCUAUAGAAAAAUACAACAAUCUAAGUAUUGAAAUUAUAAGCAAAGCUGGUUAAAUGAUCAAUGUAGGUAAGACCUACUUAGCGCUAGGCAAUUUUUGGAUUUGGAGUAAAUGAGAUUCGAAAGUUUCUCAUUUAUUUGGCAAGAAAUUAUCUUCAUUAAAAUAAUGGCUCGUAACAAACGGCACCUUAAAAUAACUUUAUGGGGGGGUGGGGGCUCCGUCGAAAAAUAAAGGAUUCGGGACGCGUGUAGUGGUGCUUGCCGGUUCCCUUAGUUUAGUUUUCAUGUUUUUCUACCAGAAAACAAAUUUUGAUUCGCGGGACCAACCUAAAGCAUGGCCUGGAAACUAUCAUGUAUGCGCCGCAGGCAAGCAUAUACUUAUUCUAUUUCCUGAUAUGAACUCCGCAAAGAAACAAGGGGCUCUGGUGAACCAGACUGAAUGGAUCCAUCUUUUCCACGCCCCGGUUUUAUUCAUUUGUAUUAGCUAAACAGAAAACAACCGCAGUUAAUUAAUCCAGAACCCAUUGUUCAUCAGCGGAGACGACGAGGAGCAUGCGCUCCAGCAACGAGAAUGAAGAAGCCUACUCAAUCUCGUACCCAGAGCAUGCGUUUCUUCUUGCCUCGUUCUUCGCCACAGGCCAGACGAAACGCAGGCUAUGGUUAAGAGGGUGGAGCAUACUGUAUGCUCCGGUAAAAAAAGAGUAUUGAAUUUAUUAAGUUAAAUGUUAAGUUUUAUUAUUUUCGAAAUAAAAAUAUUUGCACAAUCAA